UGGUCUUCGCUUUGCUCCUGGGCCCGGGGGCAUUCCUGCCUCGGCCUGAGGACAGGCGUCAGCCCCCAUUUCUCGACCAACUCUAUACGAGCAAUGGUGGCUGCUCAACGUCAAUGUGUCAUCGGGUCGCAGCAGGCUCGGCGUCGGCGGUGCGCCGGUGACUCGGCGGCGAGGCCGGCUGGCCCGCGGCGCCCCCCGGCCGGCUGGUGGCGCGCGCGGCCGCCGCCACCCUACUCGCGCGCCAUGCCGCGCUGCGGUCCGCUGCCGCUACGCCCGCUGGCCGCCCUCCCGCAUGCCGCUCACAGCGCGCGGCGCGGCGGGCGCAUCGCGCUCGCUGCGGCACGCCCGCUCCGCGCUGCGAGAUCGCCUCUCACCGACUACUAUACUAUCUAUGAUAUAAUCGUUCGGAUAUGUACGUUUCGCGGAGUCCUUACGUAACGCGUGAGGGGCGCGUGCGGCGGCGCCUCACCGGGCGCGGCGAGUCAUCGUCGUCGGACGGAGCCGCGUGUGGGUCGCGAGGCCGAGCGAGCGCGUGUGUCGCCGUGGCGCGCCGGCGGAGGACUGGCGGCGGCGCGGUCGCGCGUGCGUGCCGCCGCCCCGCGGCGCAUCCCCCGCGGCGCCGCGCUCGCCGCACGCGUAUCGACACCGCGUG